AUGCACUCAACCACUGGUUCAGGUCUGUCUGGCCGCGGCUCCGCUUCAGACCAAGCCCAGCACUGGAACCAUGUCUUCGAUGGUCAUGGUGAUUUGGAUGAGAAUGGCAGAUUGUCCGGCUCAGAUCAUCCAUCCAAUCUGCAGGUCGAAACCGACGCUCUCUAUGAUCAUGACUUAAUCGGGGUGAGUAUUAGUCGACAGCAGACCCACAUGAGAUCGCCCGACACUCCUGUAGCCGAGAAAGCGCGUGCCCUGAAUGUGCCCAUCGAAUAUUUCCAAGGAACACAGCCAUUGAAUGAACAACUGAGCGAGAACAUUGAGCACAUUGAGCAACUUGGCAUCCCGCCUUCCGUUAUAAAACCACCGCCUCGACAUGUACUCCGCAGGAAAACUGUUGCUUCUAAUGAAAGGCCUGCCGAGCCAGCCUUGUCGCGAACUCCAUCCUUUACAGAACAUCCUAUGAGAUACUACGAUCAACUCGAUUCUCCAGAUCUCUCCUUCGACCGAUCAUACCCGUCGCAAAUUCGACCACCAGAUGACUCAACACAAAAGCCUCCUUCACCUUGGGAAUACAAGUUUCCACCACAGAAAUGGCGAUCGGAGAACGUCCUGAAGCGGGAGGACUCCCCUCAAGAGCAAAUCGAAGCUCCGGCCACGAUCAGACAAUCAUUGACAAGGUCCUUCCUCAGCGCUGCCGGUGGCGAGGGAAGGCGCCGCUCCUCCUCAGGCCCAACGGCUAUUUUGUCUAACUUACGAAAAUUGUUACCGGACCUUCCAUCAGCCUCCUUCAACAUGAGCUCAAUGUCUCUGGUUCUUUCAGCAACUAAAACCACUGGCUCCGAUCCAAAUACAUCACAGAACAGCCCCAUAGAGAAGUCUCGGUUUAGGUGGUCCUUACGGGAGCCACUCGAAGACGACGGUAGCCAACAAGCUCCACCCUUCCGUAGGAUCGGCUCAGAUGCAAGAUUCAAUCAGCUUGAUGGCAAUGUAGAGUCACUGCUUGAGCCUUCUAGAACAUCUUCGCUACGAAGCCGUCCUCGUUCGAAUUCAGAGAGCUCCAUUUACAUUCAACGACGGAUAUCUGGUGUAUCAGCAUAUGACGAUAUCAGCGCUUUUGCUAAUGUGGCAGAAAUGGCAAACUCUCGAUUCAAAGCUAUAACCGAUAGUUUUCAGAAUUCGACUUUGAGACUUCCAAAAAUGCCCCUCAUCCGCCCAUCGCCAAAGCGUCGGAUUAGUCCUGACAAGAUCCAAGGCCAGAGUCAGAGUCAGAGUCAGACUGGUCUCCAAGACUCCGACAACCGUAAUCGUCACCACCAAUAUACGACCCUGAAAGAUUUACGCAAUUCUCAAAAAGGAAUGGAAGUCGAAACUUCGCAACAACGAGCUCACCCAAUCUUGUCACAAGCUCUAUCAAAGUUAACCGGCGACGUCGUCAUCUUGGGGGGCUAUCGUGGCUCCAUUUUGAGAUCGGCGCAGCCACCGCACCGUCAGCUCUGGGUGCCUAUAAAGGUGGGGUUGAAUCUUCGCAAAGUUGACCUUGAAGUCGGUUUAACAAGGGAAGACGAAGAGAAAAUGGAACAGUCUAUCAUCCCAUCUGGGGUCUUGUCGCAUAUUGGCCCGAUUGAUAUCUGCCGAAGAUUACUCAAGCACUUGAACAAGUGUCCCAAUACCCGUGAAAACAAACUCCGCGUACAUGACUGGGGCUAUGACUGGCGGCUGAGCCCCGACCUUUUGAGUGAAAGACUCAUCAAGUUUCUGGAAUCACUCGAGUGCAAUCAUCCUGAAACACCGCCAGAAAUGCGUGGGGCAACAGUAGUUGCACAUAGUUUGGGUGGGAUGAUAACACGGCACGCUGUCAAUCAACGGCCCGAACUCUUUGCUGGAGUCAUAUACGCCGGGACACCGCAGAACUGUGUCAACAUUCUGGGCCCUCUCCGAAAUGGUGAUGAUGUGUUGCUUAGCUCCAGAGUGUUGACGGCGCAGGUGACGUUCACAAUCAGGACAAGUUUUGCACUUCUCCCUGACGACGGCCGAUGUUUCAUACACAAACAUACGAACGAAAGAUACGAUCUGGAUUUCUUCGAUCCUCACACCUGGGAUGAGUAUCGGUUGUCUCCAUGUAUCAGCCCACCUCUCUAUGCCGCGAACAAGGACAUCGAACGCAGAAAGUCCAUUAUUGGCGCACUUUCGGAUUCGAUCAACUCAUCCAACAAAAUAGGAUCAUGGCUCGGUGGUCAAUCCUCCGAAAGAUCAGAACCUAGACAGAACGUUGCCGCUGUUGCUCAGGCUGCCGAGGAUAGAGCUCAUGAUGCUCGCAACGGCCUGGAGGAGAAUGCAGAAGAAAUGGUAGGGCCGUCAAUGAAGCAGAAUCAACAUCGUCCCAACAUUGCCACCACUGUCACCAUCCCAAAAGAUGUUGCCCGAGAAUAUCUAGAUCGAACGCUGGCAGAAGUGCAAGUCUUCAGGCAACAACUGAGGUUCAUACCCAGUCAUCAGGAAAACAACCUUUACCCACCACUCGCAUAUAUGUUUGGGAAAACAGUACCAACUGUGUAUGGGGCAAGAGUGGCGAGCCUUGAAGCAAUUAAGUACAACGAUGCAUUUGACGAUCUCGCGUUUGCAGCCGGAGAUGGCGUUGUCCUUGCAAGUGCAGCGCAGUUGCCAGAAGGCUAUAGAUGCGUCAAGGGAGGAAGAGUCGAGACUGAUCGAGGCCAUGUAGGACUUCUGGGAGACCUGGAGGGAGUGGGCAGGUGUAUAGAAGCGGUGGUGAAUGCCAGAAGUAAAGGAGUCGGCCUAGGAAAGCAGUUUGCUCGUAAUGACAGCUACUGA